GAUCUGGAUCUGGAUCUGUGAUUUUUCAUUAAAAAGUUCUCUAAUGGAUACUCGUAAAAGAGGAAGUCGUGAAGCUGGGUUCAACGUCAAUGGCGGCAUCAAGAAAUCUAAACCCGAAUUGGAAUCUUUAUCUACUGGUGUAGCAAGCAAAUCGAAGCCAUGCACCAAAUUUUUCAGCACUGCUGGUUGCCAAUUUGGUGAGAGCUGCCAUUUCCUACACUACGUUCCUGGAGGUUACAAUGCAGUGGCCCGGAUGAUGAACCUUGCACCAGCUGUUCCACCAGCUUCAAGAAACAUGGCAUCAACAGCUGCCACACCACAGGGCUCUGCCUCUGCAGUCAAAUCUCGCUUGUGCAACAACUUUAGUAGCCCCGAAGGUUGCAAGUAUGGUGACAAAUGCCACUUCGCACAUGGAGAAUGGGAACUUGGCAAACCUAUCGUUCCGUCUCAUGAUGAUCCCCAUGCCAUGGAACCUAUUCGUGGUCGUAUGGGUGGUUGGAUGGAGCCAUCACCCCCAUCUGGUCCUGUUGCUACAUUUGGUGCUUCAGCAACUGCAAAAAUUAGUGUGGAUGCUUCCCUUGCAGGAGCCAUCAUUGGGAAGGGUGGUGUGCACUCCAAGCAGAUAUGUCGUCAAACAGGAGCAAAACUUUCUAUUCGGGAGCAUGAGUCAGAUCCCAGCCUUAGGAACAUCGAGCUCGAAGGAUCAUUUGAACAAAUACAAGAAGCCAGUUCCAUGGUUAGAGAAUUAAUCAGCAGCCUAGGACCGGUGCCGGGUCCCGCCAAAACAUCUGGUGUGCAGGGUGGUCAAGGACAUCCGAGAGGCAACUACAAGACCAAGUUGUGCGACAAUUUUGCGAAAGGAAAUUGCAAUUUUGGAGAAAGAUGUCACUUUGCACAUGGUGCAGCCGAGUUGCGGAAGUCGGUAAUGUGAGGGGUUACUAGUGUGCAUUCCAAGUAGUUGAUAGCAUGAGAUAUGCAGUCUUUUAUGAGUUAGAUCCAUGCUAGCUGUGCAAUACUAUCUAGUUGAAGUG